AUGAGGCUGGAUAAAUCAAUCUGUAGAUUGAACUAUGAUAUCGUCUCUGACUCACCACUAAUCCUGGACAUCGCGUGCUUAUCCCCGCAUCGUUCUCCGUUGUCGGAUAUUCCCAUUACUUCCCUCUUCCAACUCCUCUCCCCGCGAGAUACACAUGGAUUUUUCGCCAUGAGUAGCGCAAUAGAGCUUCUGCAAUUUCCACAGUUGGGUGCGCCCUGCAAUCCAAAAGACUUCAGCAGUCAAACAGAGCAGUCGCAUGGACUACACCAGGUGAACCCGACCGCUCCCCCUCCAGUGCCCAGCAAUGAACACACAACUCCAGGAAUCGAGGAUCAGUCCUCUCGUCUGCCAUUCCGGCGCCUAAUGUCUGCAUAUCUAUGUUUAGCAGCUAUAUACUUCAUCUCAACGCUCGACAUCAAUUCCGUGGCGACUGCCCUGCCCGCUAUAUCGCGGUCGCUGGACGCCGGCAAUAGCAUCACCUGGACAGGUACUGCCUAUCUAAUGGGGCAAACUGCUUUCCAAGCACUAUACGGGCGUUUGUCUGACAUCUUCGGUCGCAAGCCCGUUCUCUUGCUAUCUGUUGGCUUCCUCAUCCUCGGCGACCUGCUAUGUGGGUUUGCGCAGAACGUAACCUGGCUCUACAUAUGUCGUGCCCUCAGUGGUGUUGGUGGAGGCGGUAUCAGUUCUCUGGUGCAGAUUACCGUUAGUGAUUUGGUUAGCCUGAAAGAUCGCGGCAAGUAUCAGGGCAUGUUGAGCGGGGCCAUCGGGCUUGGAGCCGGUACUGGUCCCUUCAUCGCGGCUGCGAUGUUGGGUACUGGUGAGCGCGAGGGCUGGCGGUGGAUCUUUUGGAUUCCACCCAUCCUUGCAGCAUUGUGUCUGGUGGUUAUGUGGAUGUGUCUCCCAUUGAAGCCAGUCGCGGGCAGCUGGAAGGAGAAGCUGGGCAAGAUUGAUUGGUUUGGACUGGCUGCAGCCGUUGCAGGAAUAAUCUUUAUCCUGAUUCCUAUCAAUUCCGGAGGCAGUAUCUGGCCAUGGCACAGCGCGCUCGUCAUCUCCAUGUUGGUCGUGGGAGGCGUGUUCUUCAUGCUUUUUGCCAUUGUUGAGAAGCGGUUCGCAAAGAUCCCGAUGAUCCCAUUGCGUCUCUUCGGCCAGGCACCUACCGCGGUAAUCUACCUCCAGAGUGCUCUUUACAACUCUGUCUGGCAAAUCGACAUGUACUUCCUCCCGAUCUAUUUCCAGGAUGUCCGUGGAUACAGCCCACUCAAGAGUGCGACUCUCAUCCUCCCACUUUUGCUGCUGCAAAGUGUGGCCGGGGUGAUUUCAGGUCCCGUCAUGACGAAACUGGCUCGGUACGCACCCGUGCUGAAUGCCGGAAUGGCACUUUGGACAUUGGGUGCCGGAUUGAAGGUCAUUUUCUCUCGCACGACUCCUGUGAGCGUAUACGUGAUUGUCUUGAUCAUUGAAGGGACGGGUAUUGGCUUCGUCCUUCAACCUGCUCUUGUUGCCCUACAAGCCCUAUCCAAGACCGAAGAUCGAGCCGUCGCCACUUCCACACGGAAUCUGAUGCGAAUGCUGGGAUCAGUGGUGGGCAUGGCCCUAUCAACCGCCAUCCAGUUUGCCGUCAUGAAAUCUGCCCUUCCCAAUGAUCUCCCUCAUUACAUCCGCUCAGAGGUCAUCAAUGGCAGCUGGGAGCGUGGUCAGCCUGGCAGAGAGCAAUGGGACUCGGGCGUUUUGAACGCGAAGAUGAAAGGUAUACGCGCCGUAUUCAUCACGCUAGUUCCAAUUGUAGGACUCUGUCUCCUGGGCUGCUACUUUAUUCCAAGCAAGGAAUUAUCAGGAGAUCCCAAGCGCAGCCAAACACAAAAUAGCGGAGAGGAAGGAGCCGCUCUUCGAGGCCAAGCGGCAGUAUAA